AUGGCUGUGCAGCACGGCCUGGCCACCGCAGCGCGGACGCUCGCACGCUCAGCGGCCUCGGGCACAUCAACAUGUGUCGCGGGUCCAUCGCGGCUGCCGUUCGUGGCGCGCACGGUCGAGCGCCGCAGAAGCGUCUCCUCGCCCGGCCCGCGGAAGCGACACGUCGAUGAAGGCAGCGAUCUGCCUCGUCGAGCAACCGAUAGUGCGCGGCACUUCACAACCUCACGACGAAGCGCUUUCCAAUCCGCAGCCAGGCGCGGCGCUCACACCACGGGGCACGCCGGGACUAGCGCGUCCGCGGCCGAGCUGAGCAACGUCGCCCUGCUCGAUGGAGGCCUCGAGGGCGACCUGAGCCAAUGUUCCGAGGAGCAGCUACGCGCCGUCUUGGAGAAUGAGCGGCUGUGCCAUGCGAGCAUCACCGUGUCGGACGCCUACCUCGAGCUUCGCAGCCGCAACGCCGACACGCUGGCUGAACUCUCCGACAACGCCGUGGUGCAGCUGUGCUCGUACGCCGCCUUGGCGCGACUGCCUGCAGUCAUUGCACUGCUGCUUUCGGACCUGCCGGAUCCGGGCCAGGAGCUCACGCCCGCCCUGUUGGUGGAGCUCCGCCAAGGCACGCUCGCGAACGAGGCAGGUGCACGCGUGCAGCGCGCACUGGAAGCCAUGCUCGCCGCUGCAGGCAGCAGCGCGGCGCUGCUCGACGAUCCCGGGUUCAGCAUGGCCUUUCUCGGCCCCGCGUCGUCAUGGCGGAUUAUAGCGGGCGUUCGCUCGCUCGACCUUAUCCUGACAUCUCAACAUUCUCAACGUCUGCUUUGCAAGCUGGCCGAGUCGUAUUCGCUCGGCGUUGCCUCGCGCUCGGCUCUGGACGACUCGCUCUUGCGCGCGCUCGUCUCUGCAGUCCUAGCUCAGGGUGACGUCGGCCUCUUUCCCGCGCUCGAGGUCUACUUGGCUCUGCUCGGCAGUCGGGGGAGCGAUGAGCCCGCCUCGUGGAAGGACAACUGGCGAAAAGCGAAGUUCCCGAGCAUCCAAGAGGCCGGUCUCUUGGUGGAGUACUAUCUCGACACGAUGGCGCGUCACGCAGACGAUCCUCGCGCCGCGCAGCAGUGCCGCGAGAGCGCUUUGCGCAUCAUCGGCGCCUUUGUCGAACGCGCUGGGCUCGGACAGACGCUGUUGGAGCGAGCCGCAGAGGACGCUGGCAGCUGCGAAGGCUGGCUCGACGAACUCGCCGUGUCAGACGAGGCGAGGCGAUCGGCGAACUUCGCUAUCACUGUGCGCGCAUUCUGCGUGCACGCCUUCAUCGCUUCGUCGCUCUGGACCCCCGCGCGAGAAGCAUGCGUCCGACUCAUCCAGGAGCUCGCCGAUCUGAGGAGCGCCGCGUCAUCGACCUCUGCAGACGAUCUCCCCGCGCGGCACGGGCUGCCGGAGCUCUGCGGGUCUCUUGCCCGUCGCGUCGUCUUUGCGACUACUCGGGCAGGAAGCUUGAGCGAGGCGAUUGAAGCAUGCGCGUCUCUCGCCUCAGCGCUGCUGCUCGAGCCGGAGAAGAAGCCCGGACCGGUCACGCAGGAGGUACGACCAGAUAGGCCGCACUUGUGGCUGGACGAGCUCCUCGACGCCGUCAGCAGGGCCGGUGAAGAUGAGCUGAACGGAGCUCUGUCUCGAGCGCUGUCGCGAUAUCCUCCGGGGUCAUUGUGUCAGCUGCUCAAUGCAGGCAGAACACUUGCGCUGCUAGCCUGCGUGCCGGCUCGUAAAGAGAGCCGGAUGACCCGCCUUGGCAGUGUGCUCGGGUUGUGGGACGAGCGCCUCGAUCCUUUCAUCGACGAGCAUUUCGAGGAGUCUCUACGGGCUCGCGUAGUCGCCGAGGUCGCGCGCUGUGGCGCGAAGGACCUCACUCGCCAGCUCUGGCUCAGGUGGACGGCAGACAUUGCCGACGGCUCGUCUCCCGGCCGGGCCACUUCGGGUGUCGUCCAAAGCGUCUCGUCCAUGCUCUCGGUCGUGCGCCUCUUCGCGGGACCGCCGUCCCAUGUUCGCGAAAGCGUCGCUCCAGCAGAGGAGACUGAGGCGGUGACAGACGCGCAUCCAGAUCAAGCCUUUGCGACCCGCGUCCUCGAGCGAUUCACCUCCUCACGCCCUCUGGGCCAUAUGGAUGAGGGCGAGCUCAGUGCCGUUGCCACGGCCUUCUUCGCGCUCAACGACCCCAACUCCGCCUUCGAGGUCCUCGCAGCGAUGCUGCGGCGCGACCUCGUUCCGAGCCUCUACAACGUGCACAAUGCCGUGCGCGAGCUAGGCAAAGUCAGCAUCGACCGAGCAGUGGACAUACUGGCAGUCUACGGCGAGUCGACCGCUCGCAAGGCAGAGGAGACAAGCCACAUUGCAGCCAUCUACCAGACGCUCCUUACCAGCGUGGCGAUACAGGCGCGCUACGACCUCGUGCCCAAGCUGCUGGCAUCCGAGGAGCAGGCCGGCGUGCAUCGGGCACUCGGCGUCCUGGCCGCUCAUGUUCUGAUCGAGCAGUUCGAGGCACUGGAUCGCGCUGCCAAUCGACGGGAGCGCAACGAGCCGAUGCGUAUCAUGCGCGAUCUGGUGCGCACAUGCGUGUCAAACAAGGAGGACUUUCAGCUCGAGGCGACCUUGCUCAACGCCGUCGUAUCGAAGGCCUCCACGCAGCUCCGAGCCUUCGCGCCUCCGCCCGGAGAAAGCGGGCCCGCUCAGGCACGCUGGCUGCCCUACGGCGCACAUGCCGACACUGCACUCCGUCUUCUGCGUCUCGUCUCUGGCGCUGGCAUGGCCUACACAGGCACAGCUCUGCGCGUCAUGGCCGCAGUGCGCUCCCACUGGGACUACCGCCGACGCAAGGAGAGCCUCAGGGCCGGCGGCGACAGCAGCCGCAUUCUGAAAGGCCUGCGCGUCACGUCACUGCUGCAGAUGGAUGAGCUCGUUGGCACGGUCCGCUGGGGUUGCAGAACCAUCGCAGAGUCGCCUGCGCGGCUGAGCGGCGAUCGCUUCCGCCACAUGGCGGUCAACUACCUCGCGCUCGACGACGUCGACGGCGCCAUCGAGGUGAUGAGCUGGAUGCGCGAGCUCGGCAUGUCCUACGAAGGCGACCCACUCAAGAGCCGCUUCCUACAAGACCUGCGCCGGCGAGCAGAGGAAGACGCCGACCUCGCCGAGACGCGUCUGCUCCGGCUGGCAGGCGACAUAGCCACGCCGCACACGAAGCUGUGGUGGGAGCGCGUGACAUGGGAGACGUCCAUCCCGCAAGACUGA